AUGUCGGACCACCCGACAGGUCCCUUUGGGACUAAUCCUUUAGGCUCUGGGACCCGUCCAUACCAGCUCCCACCUCCACGUACAUCAGCACCUUUGCAGCUUGGGACGGAUCCCUUUUUGCGACAGCGCAAUCAAACCGAGAACCGUGAACCUGGCGAGAUAGGAUCAGGUCGGUCCAGUCUUUCCGGGCCACAGUUGGGGCAAAAAGAGCAAUUGCCCUCUGUGAGUCACCUGUUGACACCUACUGCUCAUCCGAGUCGGCCAUCGUCUCCGUACCACGCCCAUAGAUUCGGGGUCUACACCCCUCCUACUGGUAGUACAGGCUCACCGAUCCAUCUUCAUCACAAUGAACAAUUGCCGCGGCAUAGCAUUCAUGAUAGCACCCGAGCAUAUCCUGAGCCGGUCGCAUCGCAGAGUCGAAGCCUGCCGCCGCUGUCUUAUAUCUCUACAAGCACAGGACUUGGGCGCGAAGGUUCUGUGAACACACUUCAUACCAGCCCCUCAGGACAGACUGUUCACGCAGCACCUUUCUCAUAUUCUGGGCACAGGUCGCACGAUCAGGAAUAUGCGGGAGACUACUCCCCAUCAGAGACAGCAGCCGAUCCGACCUCGGGUACUCAAUCCCAAGGAAGUAACGUACGGCCGCACGUGGUGGACGAGAAAUACAUUGAGGGAGAAGGCUUGUGUUAUAUCUAUGCAGAUGGGACACAUUGCCCAAAGCUUAUUGACGGCAUGCCGGUGAAUGCGAAUUGGGGAAUCACUAAGGCCGGCAAACCGAGGAAAAGACUUGCACAGGCUUGUCUGACCUGCAGGGAGAAGAAAAUCAAAUGCCAGCCAAAUCUUCCCAAAUGUGACCAGUGCCAGAAGUCUGGUAGAGAAUGCAGGUUCGAAAGCGCACCGCGUGGCCAUCGAGCAGCACUCAAGUCUGCGCACCUUCUGGGCAAAUACGAUUCACAAGACAGCUAUUCAGGGGGCGGUUAUCACCAUGGCGCCUCGCCCCAACCCUCAUACUCGACGAUGCGGGCAUCGGAGAGCUCAGUAUCCCUCCCAGGCACGAACUCACUCUCCCCAAGGUCCGAAGCUUCCAUGAUUACUCCCUCGGCUGUUGAUACGACUCAAGAUACAAUGGAUUAUGAGCCCCGAUUUCGGCCCAAAGCCCACAGCUUUGCUCGACCAUCCUCCGUAGCGGAAGAAUUGCCGAGCAACCGAGCAUCAGUUGUGUCUCCGGAUUAUGCGGCAGUGUUGAAAGAGAUGAAAACUCCAAACCCACAAGAUCCACUUGUGAGCGACUGGAACACAGACCCUUACGAGGCUGAACCAGAACUUACCGUUCACUAUGUCGAAAGCUACUUUAAUUAUGUGAACGAUCGGCUGUAUUAUAUUUUCCCACGAAACCGAUUUCUGCUGUGGCUGACAUCUUGCCACGACAAGUCGCUGGAAGACACCAUGCUCCUGUACGCGAUGAUGGCAUUAGGGUCCGUGUUCUCCGACCGGCCAGACAGGGUCAUGGCGAUGAGGAAAUAUGCACGCACAGCUCGAUAUGCAGUGGAACACGGCCAAGAUAGUUUGUCUUUGCAGCUUGCUCAGACACAUAUCAUCAUGAGCAUGUGGUAUUGCGCCAUAGGAGCCCUCGUGAAGUCGUGGGACGCUGCUGGCGCCGCCGUCCGCACAGUGUGUGGGCUCCGUUAUAAUGUCGAAGCAGGCGGGGUCAUCGUGGACCAGAAUCAGCCGUGUGAAUACGGCCUGCAUCCGCAGGCUCUGAUCGAGUGUCGCAGGCGGACAUUCUGGGUCGCUUUCCUUAAGGACCGUACAACCUGUGUCUAUGCCCCAUCGUCCUGUACAAUUCCGUCGCAAACCGCCUACCUCAGACUUCCUUGCCGUGAAGAAGUUUUUGAAGCACAAGAAUAUACCACGGUACCCUACUUCCAGAGCUUUCUAAACCAGGACCCCUCUUCGAACAAUGAUAUUUCCGGCAUGAGCACCAUGGCACGCUUCAUUGAGAUCAUGUCGCUCUGGGGCGAAGUAUCAGAUCAUGUUUUCCGGCUGUCAUUCAUUCCGAUGGAGGUCUAUAGGAAACAAUUUGAAGACUUUUAUUCCACCGUGACUCGACACGCCGAGGAAUGGGCUGCAAGGCUUCCAGACCAUCUGACCUUCACGGCAGUCAAUUUGGAGCGGAGCAUCAGAGCCAAGAAAGCUGACGCAUUCAUGUCAAUACACCUAGUCUAUCAUGCGACGUUGAUGAAACUGAACCGGCAUGCUCGUCACCAGAGCGUUCGCGCUGAGGUUAUUAGCCAGCAUAUUCAUUCUGCCCGAACUCACGCUGCUGAGAUUCUUCGCAUGACCAAAGCCUUGAUCCAAAGUGCAAGCGAGUACGAGCCUACCCGAAUUCUCAUGGAACCAAGUUCGGCCAAGGGGGCAAUCUUGAAUCCGUUUUUAGGCUACGUGCUUCUGUCUGCAGUCGAUGUUCUUAGUGCGGCCGGCCGCAUGGUUGAGAUACGGGAAUGCAUCGCCCUUAUCCAGAGUGGUCUCGUGGCAAUCAACGAGUUGGCGUGUUUCUGGGGCAGUCUCUUGCCGCUGGCUGCAUUGAUUCAAGAGCGGCUCGAUACGUUGAGCGCUUGUAUGGAAAACCCGGCGCAAGCUGAGGGCAAAGUCGCCUUCUUGAGCAAUAGCGCGUCUCUGGAUAGCAAAGCCCGCAAUGUGCUACAGAAACAUGCGGAGCUGCCGGCAGAUGAAGAUCUUAUGUACGGAGAAUUGUCUUAUGAGAGAUUGCUCAGUGCUCUGGGUGCUGGCGAUGGCCCUUAUCCGCCCGGAACACUUCUCUGGGUCGGGGAGACCAAAAGCUGAUCCUGUUUCUUGGAGGUUUCUUGACGUUGCAUUUGAAGACAAGUAUGUAAUAACACAGCACGGCCGUUUUGUUGAUUUUGAUUUGACAUCAUAUACCCGGGAGGCUCGUUUUGACAUUGUUCUGGCAGGUACUGGGAGGUUCUGUUGAGAAUCAUUGGACAAUUGUAU